UUUCAGAGGAACCUGAAGAAUAUUCAGAGAGUUUGAGUAGAGCUAAAUAAUGAUGUCUGAUUCCAGGGUGUCUUCUGUCAUCCAGGAGUGGGCAACCUCAUACCCGGGUCAGGCCCACACCCAGACCCUGAACCCUACCACAUCGACCAAUCAGAUGUCUCAGAUGGACAUGAUACUGUACAGCCAGUCUCAGGGAAUGAUGAGAGGGGGCAGUGACGACAGAGUGGCUGAGCAGAUGAUGGGUCUGCCUUACCUGCCGUACACGUCUUCCUGUCUCAGCAACACCUCCAGUGCUGGGAGCACAAACCACCAUCAGAGCCACGCCAACACUCAGCAGGACUUCUCCUCCUUCCUCCUGCCAACUCUGCGUGCCCCAGUAAACAAGAGGAGCAUCAGCAAGGACAGUGAUGAGUACCGCCAGCGACGUGAGAGGAACAACAUCGCUGUGAGAAAGAGCCGAGACAAGGCCCGCAGGAGGAUCCUGCUGACCCAGCAGAGGGCCAUGCAGCUGCAGGAGGAAAACCAGAAGCUGCAGAUGAGGAUAGGGCAGCUGACACAGGAGUUAGACACUCUCAAACACAUCCUGUCACAGCGGCACCUGCAGGGAGCUGAGGAGGGAGCACCUGGGGAGUCCAGUAUCUAGAACCACGUUUGUGUCUCAUUUUGGGCAUCAGAUUCAUUAUCAGCGUCUAGGCAGGCCUUAAAUACGCAAAGUCAAAUGCCUCCUUGUUUAUUCAAAAAUUGGCUAAAAAGGUUACCAUUUGUGAAAAAAGUCACAUUUAGAACAUUUGCAAAUGAAGUGUUAGGGGUUUUUUAUAGUUUCACACUGUAAAAUUGUGAAGGGGAAAGUAUAAAACACUGGCAGGGCUGUAGCUACCUUUGAGGACACUGAGGUCAUAUCCUCUCGGUCUCUCCUAAAAAGCAGCUUCUCACCUCUGGCAGACAUCUUGGGACUUUAGCCGGCUGAAAUAACAAAUGUCUCUACCACUUUUUAUCAGCUGUAACUAGUUGGUGCAAGCUAAUGUUACUGCUAACCCCUGUCUACAGCACAUUUUUGACCUAACCUUUGACCCCACUGAAGAAUGUAGUUAACCCCAUGUCUUUGAAGAUAGUGCAAAGUUUCUACUGUUGGUAGUGAGCUAGUCAGCUAGCCAUGCU